UUCAUGACAGCAACAGCUUAGAGGCAAUGUCCACUUGCCAGCACAACUGGCCGGAGUUAUUUCCCCUCAUUAUGGACAUUUCUUCCUGAUACACUGCUGUUUUAACAACAAUAAUGGCUGUUUCGCUGGCUUACAAAAUCCUGUGGGGUACAUGCAUGGUUUUUGUGAUUUUACCUCAUUUAAAUCUGGGAUUGUUGUCUGACUACAAGAUCUGUGGAGAUUCUGAGUGUGAAAGCCUGAUGAGCAGAGUGCAGGCCAUCAAAGACCACCAUGCAAAAGACUGCCGUUUCCUGAGCUUUAGACGAGGAGACACCAUCUUCGUUUACCACAAAUUGACCGGAAAGAGGGAAGACCUCUGGGCUGGAAGUAUUGACAAACAGUUUGGUUAUUUCCCAAAGGAUGCUGUGAAAGAGGAGCAGGUUCAUGCAACUAUGGAGAAAGUAGUGGAAACGCAGAAAUCAGAUUUUUUCUGUAUGGAUGAGUCUGGUUUUCCCAUUGACACCAGUCAUCUGGACAGUGAUGAUGAUGAUGAUGAUGAUGAUGAUGAUGAUGAUGAUGAUGAUGAUGAUGACAAUGAGAAAAUCAAAAACCAGGAGUCAGAAAUCACCCAAACCACAGAUGACACAUACGCUGAAAGUCCUUCAACACCUCCAGAUGUCUCUACAGAACCUCCAGCCUCAACCCAGGACGCUGCUGGCACACCGACAGAAGAGGACGAAAGCAAAAAUGGCGGUGAUGCUGCUGCCGGGACUCACGAGGAAGCACAGGAGACUCCGAAUGAACAAGCUGAGGCCAGCUGUGUCGGUGAUUCCUGUUCAGCUCACAGUGGAGAUAAGAAAAUGGCCACUGAGGCAGAGUCAAGUAAGAUGGGAGAUUCCUCUGGAGGCCUGGAUAAGUACGUCCAGAGAGAUGAACGGAUGGAUGAAUUGAAAGGUGGACAACCGAAUAGUGGAGGCACAGAAAAAGAGAGGGUAACUGAGGAGGAGAAAACAGGAGAGAAGGAAACAAGAGGCAUAGAGAGAGCUCAUGUUCAGCCAGGGCCACCACAGCCACUGGAAGCUCCAGGGGUAAUGAAGCAGAUUCUGGACUUUGUUCAUCAGACUGCUGAAGACUCAACCACUCAUGUCCAUGCAACAACGGAACUUCUCAUAUGGCUGACUUUACAGGUUGUAUCAUCACUGCCUGACGACAUCAGACCCGGGCCGGACCUGUACGGGGUGCCAUGGGAACCAGUCCUCUUCUCCAGUCUGGUGGGGCUGGUGACAGUGCUUUUGUUCACUUGUAGAUGUUACAGCUCUGUCAAAAGCAGAAUGUAUCGAAGUAGAGAGCGGUGGAUGGCAGAGCAGGUUGCACAGCUGCUGGAUGAAAAGUGUAAAGUCCUUGAGACUCUCAGCAAAUGUCAACAAGAGCAUGAUGACCUGGAGAGUUCACUGAGGGACAGUGGUGUCUUGGCCCAAACCCAAAAGACAGAACAUCUGGAGAGCAAAGCCAGACAGCUGGGACAAGCUAAAAAGGAGCUGGAGAGGGAUCUUGAACAACUGAAAGAUCAACUGGAACAGCAGAGAGAACAUAGGAUAGAGCAAGAAAGAAGGAUAGCAGUGCUUGAAGAGGGCAUGAAAACUUUUGAAGAAGAAUCUAAAGACCUCCAGUCACAGGACGAGCAGGCACAAACCACUCUGAAAGUGUACAGCAUGAACAGUGACAGACUACAGAGGAAUCUGGAAACGGCUGGAGAGGAGAACACUCUGCUAAAAGAGAGCAAUGCUCAGUUGAGGCAGCAGGUGGAGGGAUGGGCGGAAAGAGUUAGUGAAUUGGAGGCAGAGAUCAGCAGGUGUGAGGUCGCCCACAGCGAGAUGCUGCAGGAUGUGGCCAACAAGGAUGAGCGUAUAAUGUCCUUGACAGAUCGGCUGCUAAGGAUGAAAGCUUGGGAUUCAGACCUGGAGGAAGAGGAAGGUGAGGGAGGAGAGAAGGAGUCGUCCAAUGGGACAGCCGGGAGAGGAGAGAAUGGAAGAGGAGACGGAGUGCAAACGCAACACCAUCUCCAGAAAGUCCAGAAACUUAUCUAUGCUGCUAAGCUGAAUGCAGACCUCAAAUCAGUCGAUGAAGACAAGGACAGAGCAUUUGCCAAACUGAAUGAUGAAGUCAAAGCUAAAGAAGACUUGCAUUUGAGCAUUAAGGAGCUGGAGAAGGAGAAAUUAUCUCUGCAGUCAGACUCUGAGCACUACUCAGAUCAGGUCCAAAGACUACAACAGAAACUCCACAUUAUGACAGAAAUGUACCAGGAGAAUGAGCUCAAGCUGCACAGGCUGCUCACAGUGGAGGAGAAAGAGCGCCUGCAGAAAGAAGAGAAGUUAAAUAAAGCGGACAAAAACAUUGCGUUGGCCAUGGAAGAACUCAACAACUAUAGACAACGAGCAGAGGAGAUGGAGGAAGAGCUGGACAAGACCAAACAGUCUUACCAGACUCAAAUAUCAGCACACGAGAAGAAGGCUCACAAUAACUGGCUGGCAGCCCGAGCAGCAGAGAGAGAGCUAGCAGACAUCAGGAGAGAGAACGCCCUCUUCAGACAGAAGCUGACAGACACGCAGUUUAAACUAGACGCCCUCGACAAAGAUCCCUACGCCUUGGACAGCCUGGCUAGACCACUGCCUUUCAGAGCUGAAAGGUCACCAUACGGCCCGUCUCCUCUGGGUCGACCUGCAUCUGAAACCAGAGCUUUUCUGUCUCCUCCCACAUUAAUGGAUGGACCGCCUGCUAGACUGUCUCCCAGAGUGCCUCGUGGUCCAAUGGAGCACCCAGGUGGCCAAGGGGAGAUGGAGCGGAGUGGAGGUCCUCAUUCAGACAGUGGUUCAAUCUCUCCUACAUGGGAGAGAGAUCGCAGGGGACCCCCACCAGGACCCCCCGGGCCCUUAGGACCUCCAGGAUAUAUGUUCCCAGAACCAGGAGGUCCAAUGUACAGGAGACCUCCACCUCCUCCUGGACCUCUGGGCCAUUUGCCUCCACCUGGCUCCAUCCCACCGGGCCCUCUCCAUCCCAGAGGUCUCCCCCCUGGGCCCCCUCACCCUUUAGACAUGGCAGAUGGCACAUACAGAGAAAACAGCCUUGGGCCCGGUGAACAGGAACACAGAGAGUCUGGUCCUGGUGAUAGAAGGACUCCCCCUGAAGCUGAUCUAAGGAUGGUGGGUGCACCCCCUCCUGGACCCCCAAUGGGCCCCAUGGACGGCCCCUUUCCUCGUAGAGCCCCUUAUGGACCACCACCUCCUGAUUUCUACCCUCCCAGGGGACCUGGGGGCCCUCCCAUGAUGCCUAUGUGGGCCCCUCCACCCCCAGGGAUGAUGUUCCCUCCUCGUUUCCCUCCUGGCGGACCUCCUCAUCCUCACCACGCUCCUCCCAUGCGGCCCCCUCUGCCCGACGGCCUCCCACCUCGUUCCAUGGGUCCUCUCCCUCCUCAGCAGUCCCUCCCCUCCCCACCACACAGCCAGUCGCCAGAGGAGCACACACCCUCUCCCGAAGAUGUAAUUUGAGCCCGGCCAGGGUUUUUUUGAGCCGUGAGAUGUUUCUGGUUCAAGUUUAACGCGGUGGUAGAUGGAUGGUUGGGCAGGCUGCUGUUUUGCAUCCUUAUAUUUUCUUUUACAUCUACUUAUUAACCAGGAGGAUGUAUUUAGUGGAAAGUGGGGAAACCAUCUGCCUUCCUUAGCCCACUUUGUUGCUAUCCGUCUGCCUCUGCUUGGUCUUUCUUCUCUAUUCACAUCCUCUCUUCUCUCUUUGUCACCUGCCCAUCGUCAUCCAGCUAUAUUCCCUGUGAAAGUAGGCCCUGUUGUUGUGGAGUCCCAGUGACAGCGGUUAGGCUCUGUUGUGUACUUUUACAGACAGGAACACAGCAGCUUAAUCUGCACGUCUGUGCGUGGGAAGGUUGCCACAUGAACCAGAAAUAAUAGCUUGUUUGCUUGAUAAUGCCAGAAAGGAUUUUAAUGGCACUUAUGCUGAAAUGUGUGCAUGUAGAAAUGCUGUAUGUGUGGUAUGUGGCAGAGAAUGAGAGUGUUUUACGUAAGUUAUCAGUCGACAUUUCGUCCCAAUGGCACAGAAAGAGAAACUGAAAUGAUCACAGGCUAUCAGGGAAGAAAUGCAUCUUUUUAGGACUAAUACAAUAUAUUUUGUUAUACCAACACACUUGGCAUUGUCACCAUCAUUUUGAAAAAAUUACCAUUUAGCAUCUCUGUUGUUGUUGUUGACCUGGAUUUGAUUACACUUGAAUCAGAUCACAUCAGGUCUUGUCUUGUCUGUGAGUGAACAGAGUUGAUUUUAAUAUUCAUCAGAGGUCAAAUGAGACAGUUUCUUAAAAUCUAAUAAAAGUGUAUAACUUUAUUUCACUGGCAUCCCUGUGGGAUUUGUAGGACUUUGCCUUGAUCAACAACGCUAUUAUUUCACAGUGCAACGCUUUUGAUCGUGUUACAAUGCAUAUGGCCUAGACUUGAAAAAAGUGGCUUAUAUUAGCCGCUUGUGUUAUGCCGAGGUGAGCUGUGACUCAUCAGCCACAGAGCGGUGAAUAAAAAGUGGACUGACUGGAAGAGAGGCUGCAUUCAAAGCCGUAAAGCUGACACCCAUGUGAAUUAUGUAAAAAGUGAUUAUUAAUAGAUAAAUAAAGACUGUCAAAUUGU